AUGAAGGGGCGCAGGAGCACGCCUCGGUCAACCAUCAACGCAUACGACGUGCGCUUGAAGCAGCUAAUCCUCGACUCCAAGCAAGCGACGAACCCUCUCUUUGGCAAGGAGCAGCGGGUGAAAGGCUGUCUUGCGCUCGCCGAUGAUGUCGCCAACGACGUUGGCCUCUACGGCCCGCUCUUGCGCGCGCUCCGCAGCGCCAUCUUUAGCGACGAGGCGACGGCCCGCCACUUUGCAGACGCUGGCGUGUUUGCCGACACGGGAACCGUCGACGAGAUGCAGGCGCGCGCAACACUGCGCGAGGUCCCGUGCUUUCUGCUGCUCGACCUUGCCUACCGCGAGCGCACGCGCGUUCAAGUGGCCGAGAGAGAGGUGGCGACGAGCGAAGCGCAGCUGCAGCAGCAGAAGCGGUCGUUGUUUGAGCGCGAGCGCGAGUACCGGUGCCAGCUCGACGACGCAUUUGGCGAGCUGCUCGAGUCCAAAUCUGACGCGAGCAGUGCCCGGGAAGCGUACAACAAUCUCUCGGAAGAGUCGCGGCAACACCAGCACGAUACAAAAGCCACGCUCUUCGCGAUGCAGCGGGAGCUCCAUGCGAUGAACACGGCCAUUGCAGGGUACCAAGCCGAGAUUCGCGACCUCCGCGCCGUCCGUGAAAAGGCCGACGCGAUGCGGCAGCAGUUUGAUGCAAUCGACGGCCCUUCGCAGCGAGGCCACGCAACCUGUACGUCGCCGGCGGUGCGCGACCUCGACCAAGCCCUCCGCACCGAGCUCCAGCUGCUGCUGCUGCGCAAUGCGCGCAUCGCCGAGUACGACCUCGCCGUGCGCUUUUGCAACGACGAGACCCAGCGCGCGCUGCGUCACUCAUUUCUGAACGACAUAUGCAGCGUCUUGGACGAACUCGCGGCCGUAGAGGCACACAUUGCGCAGGCGAGCCCGGUGGAGUCCCAAUCGCUCGAGCCGUCGCUCGCAGCCUUGCUCGCGCCGCCCCAGUUGGCCACGGACAGUGUGCUCUGGACGCCUCGCCGCCUUCCGAAACAAGCGCAUCGGCUCAACGUAGACGAGCUCGAGCGCUUCCUCGGACUCGUCUGGGCUCGCGUCGCGCAGGCCGAACGCGCAUGCGACAAGCUCCUUGCCGAGUACGAGACCACGCACAAACGUGCUGCGCUGUUGGCCAUUGAAGCCGAGCCGAUAUGGACGCUGCCGCAAGUGGUCUGGAGCUUGCUACGCGACCGGUACGGCGACGAGCGCGUCGCGAUGCUGGCGUUUUUCGCACUCUUGCAGGCCGUCGACCAGUUUUCUCCCGAGAGUCCUCAAAUUGAGCUCUUUGGAUGCGCGUUUGGAGGCACCGUCGACCAGUCGGCGUGGUGGUAUCUCAUGCGGCUCAAGGCCCAAUGUGCCGCCGCCGAAGUCGAGAUUAGCGACGACAAAUCGCUCCGUCUCGUGGGCCAGCACCUUUUGCGCCUCGACCCGUCGACUGCGAUUCAAGACCACGCUUGCGACGGGUUCGUGGCCAACGUGCGCAUGAACACCAAAGGCGUCUUGAGCACGCGAAGCUUCUUCGACUGGCUCGCCAAGCGCAUUAGCAUGGCCGACGACUUUCAUUUCAAGCGCGCGGCGGUGCAGCUCGCUCGAAAGACCGACACGUCGACCGUCGCAGCCUCCGUGCUCACCAACCACAUUCUGGAGAGUGUCCGGCUCGCACGCACCAUGGUGGGGCGGUUUCUACGCUUCACGGCCCUCGACACCGAGUGCUACGACUGCAGCUCGGUCGAUGCCCGAGAGCCGCCGUCGGUGUCGCUGGAGCGCGCCGUGUACAUGUUGUCGUACGUGCAGCUCAAGUACUACCAGUCGAGCAGUUAG